GUUUCUACCAAUAGCCUUGGCAGCGCUAGAGCGUCUAUUGUCAUCAAACGAGUUAGUUCGUGUUUUGGUUAUUGGAAUUUGUUUUAAAUUAUGGCUCGUACAAAGCAAACCGCACGUAAAUCAACAGGAGGUAAAGCUCCUCGUAAGCAAUUGGCAACUAAAGCUGCCAGAAAAAGUGCACCUUCAACUGGAGGUGUAAAGAAACCGCAUCGUUACAGGCCUGGUACUGUUGCUCUUCGAGAAAUUAGGAGAUACCAGAAAUCUACUGAGUUGCUGAUCAGGAAAUUGCCUUUUCAGCGAUUGGUUCGUGAAAUUGCACAAGAUUUCAAAACUGAUCUGCGUUUCCAAAGUGCUGCCAUUGGAGCUUUACAAGAAGCAAGUGAAGCUUAUUUAGUCGGCCUAUUUGAAGACACCAAUCUUUGUGCUAUCCAUGCCAAACGUGUUACCAUUAUGCCGAAGGACAUUCAACUCGCAAGAAGAAUCCGAGGAGAGAGGGCUUAAAUUGCUCUACAAGUUUCUGAUUUAAUAUUUCUUUCCAUUUUGGCAUCAGAGCGUCUUCACUGCCGUGUCUGGAUCAAGUUAUAUCAUGAUGGUGUUGAUUCCAGUUGUAUGGACAUUAAUUUUUUUAAUGUAAAUUGUUCUUUUGAGUGUACCUUAUUGCGCCUGGUGUCAGGUUAGACUGAAUGUUUAGGUUUAGCCUGUUUCUGAAUAUUGUGAAAUCAAUCAAAUAAAAAGUAUAUAUAUUUAGUAGCUUUCUAUCAUUGUCUAGUAUUUUUUGUUAUUUCAUUUUUGUACGACUUUUUAUCUUACUUCAGUAAGUAGUAUUUUGCAUUUCAUCGUUUAUGUAUGUAUCAAUACCAUAGAUGUAAACAAUGCAGGUUUUGGUAUGUUCAUCUUUAACAUAAGUAUUUAAUGAUUAUUUCAUCUCAACAUAGGUUGUUUAUUAUGAUACAAAUCUCAUUUUUUAUUUUAAGAGUAUUUAUAAUUUGAUUUUAAUUGUAGGAUCCCAUAUUAUAAUAUGCUAUUGAUUAAAAUAAAAUUAGUUGUUUAAUUGU